AUGUCAAUGGCCCAACAGGAAUUCCACAUUCCGACUGUUGGAGUGCCUUGUUUGCAACCUGGCUAUUCCCACUGGCAAAGCCUCUGGGAAACUUGUGUUUCCGGAUUCGAAUGGUCCUUGCCCCAGAUACCAGUUAAAUCAAUAUUAGUGGCGGGUUCAAGGCUAUCUAAAUAUAUCCAAAACCAAUCGACCAUGCCGCCCCGCGUCCCUCCACCCGGCGUCUGGUGCCCCGCGGUGACCUUUUUCGACCCCAAAUCAGAUACUCUCGAUCUGGCAGCGCAGAAAAAGUACUACGCCUACCUUUCCCGCUCCGGCUUGACUGGCCUGGUCAUCCUGGGGACCAAUGCGGAAGCCUUCCUUUUGACGCGUGAAGAGCGCGCGCAGCUCAUUGGUACCGCGCGCAAAGCCGUGGGCCCAGAGUACCCCAUCAUGGCCGGUGUUGGCGCCCAUUCCACCCGACAGGUGCUCGAGCACAUCAACGACGCGGUCGCCGCUGGGGCAAACUACGUGCUUGUCCUGCCGCCAGCGUACUUUGGGAAGGCGACCACCCCGUCGGUGAUCAAGUCGUUCUUCGACUAUGUUGCGUGCCAAUCCCCGCUUCCCGUGGUCAUUUAUAAUUUCCCGGGUGUGUGUAACGGGGUGGAUAUGGAUUCGGAUCUGAUCACGACCAUCGCGAAAAAGAAUCCGAACAUUGUGGGUGUCAAGCUCACUUGUGCCAGCGUGGGCAAAAUCACGCGUCUCGCGGCGACGCUGCUCCCGGAGGACUUUUCAGUUUUUGGCGGACAGUCCGACUUUUUGAUUGGGGGUCUUAGCGUGGGCUCAGCGGGAUGCAUCGCUGCGUUUGCGAAUGUGUUUCCAAAGACGAUCUCCAAGAUAUAUCAGCUGUACAAAUCAGGGAAUGUUGACGCGGCGUUGGAAUUGCAUCGCAAGGCAGCAUUGGCGGAGUCGCCGUGUAAAUCGGGGAUUGCGACCACGAAAUAUGCGGCUGCGAUCUUUUCCGCAAAGGCAGCGGGCAUCGAAGGCGCAGAGCUGAAGCUGUUGCCGCGCAGACCAUAUCAGCCACCGAGCGAGGCAGAGAAGGAGAAUGUGAGGAAUGUGAUGGCUGGAGUUGCAAAUAUCGAGGCGGAAUUAUAG